AUGAGUGCUAAUUUCGGCGCCCCAUUCCAUUCCAAAUGCAAUGAACUGGUGGACGACUCAGCUUCUUUUCAUAGCACAUGGACUGUGCCCGACUAUAACUUACUAUCUCUCGAGGUGGCGACCCCUGAAGAUACUUUUACAGCUACAUCCGACCAAGCAAAUGCCAAAGUUCCUAUCCCACGAACUGCUCAAAGCACUAGAUGGAUCGCCCCUGGUCGAGUCAGUCGGGCAUGUGAGAAAUGUCGUGACCAAAAGGCCAAAUGCAGUGGAAAUCGUCCAGUUUGUGAUCGGUGUCGAAAUACCGGUGCUGCCUGCUUUUAUGGCGAUCGAAAGAAAGAGAAGACAGUGAAGGAGCUGAAGGAGUUGACUUCCCAGAUUAGCGCCUUGGAAUCCCUGGUGCGUAAUGUCUACCCUACGCUCGAUGCUUCAUCAUCCCAGCUAGUGGAUCAGACUCUGCGCGAAAUAAGCUCAGGGCUUCCGCUCUCCCAAACCAAUCCCGUUGCUCCUGACUUGUUCAGUUUCCCGCCGGGCCAUAUUCGGCAGGUCAACCCUCCCAUGUCCCUUGGCGAUGCCCGCCCUGGCUUUCAAUCAAGACUUGCAGACUACACCGAGGAAGACUAUGACUGUGAUAAUAGGGUACGGGCCUCGGGGUUCGUUGGUGAACAUUCCGAGGUGGCAUGGUUGUACAGGCUCAAGUGCGACCUCGAUCAAGAUCUCUCAACAAUCAAGGAGACCCCUCAACACUUAGCAAUGUCUUCCAUGAAUUUUUUCCGAGACGACUCGCAGGUUUUGGUGCUCGACCCAGUUGAUCUCGCGCGCUGGCCCCCGCAAAACGUUGCCGACAAUCUCGUUGACGCUUACUUUCAGUUCGUGCACCCUGCAUUUCCGAUCUUGAGCAAGACCACUUUUCUACGACAAUAUCGAUCAUUCUACUCAAAGCCGGAUUCGCAACCGGGCAAGAAAUGGCUAGCAUUGCUGAACCUAGUGUUUGCCAUCGCCACCAGACAUCUUAUUCUUGCCGCUCUGCCCUGGCCGAACUGUGAUGAUCAUCAGAGGUUCUUUGGACGGGCGUGGAGCGUGAUUGUAGAGCAGCUUGCAUUGUUAGACCACCCGGACCUACAACAAGUGCAGGCUGAAGGAUUGGCCGCUUUCUAUCUGCUGUCUGUUGGACAAAUCAAUAGGUCCUGGAAAAUCAUUGGGGCUGCGAUUCGGUCGGCUGUGACAAUGGGUUUGAAUCUUCGGAGCGAGAGCCACAGUAUCCCAUAUUUCUCGAAAGAAAUCCGCUACCGAUUAUGGUGGGCACUUUUCCUGCUGGAUUCAGUCCUAUCUGAGAUGACUGGUCGUCCUCUAAGCACAGAAGGCAUUUUCUGCACGACGCCUCUUCCAGUACCAUUACGCGAAGAGGACCUUUUUGAUGAGCGAGUCGUGCAGCUUGUUACCAGCAAAAAGACCGGAGCUGGGCUUUUCACUUCCUUGGUUCCUAAUAGCAUAUUAGCUCCUCCCGAGGAGAGCGCGAGCCGAAAUAAUCCAGCGCAACUAGGGCCUGGUCAGCUGAACGGAAAGAAACGAACACCUAAAGAUAUUGCUGAAACGCACACAACUAGCACCGGUCUGGCGCCAAACACUUCUCUAUGCUUCUUAUACGCCGUGGAUCUAGCCCAUCUCUUGCGAGAGGCAAUCAACAACCUGUACGCCCCUAGAGAGACACGCCGGUCGUGCCAUGACAUUGAAACCGUAAUUUCUAAGCUCAACAGUUAUGCCGACGACUGGCUUUCUCAUCUACCAACCGAAUUUCAGUUCGCAAGUACGAACACGAAUGCAACUCAGAUAUCCGCACAACAGCGUGCGAUCCUCGCUUUCCGAUUCUACGCCACUAAAUUAAUCAUCACACAGCCCUCACUCCGUCUGUCUGGACCUACAAUGGAAGCAAGAUCCCCAGGGACUCUCUCCAAUAAUCUAGCGACAAUAUGCCUUCAGGCGGCGUGUCAAAUGCUCGAUCUCUUGCCCGAUGAGCCAAAUUGCUCUUGGCUAUAUGAUCUGGCUCCGUGGUGGUCUAUCCUCCACAACAUCAUGCAGUCGAUUACUGUCCUCCUCAUCGAGCUCUUCACUUUCACUCAUAUAGGUACACCCAAGGCAACAGGCAUUAUCCAGCGAGUCAACAAAGCAAUUCAAUGGCUGAACCAGAUGUCUGCUAGAGAUCCUUCCUCGCAACGAGCCUGGUUAAUCUGUAUGGAAAUUCUCUCAUGCCAUGGUUCGAAGUUUGGCUUCCAUUCCGAAAACCACUGGCUGUCGCUUUAG